AUGUCACAAAUACAGCUGCUAACCUCGGUGAUUAACCAAUUGCAUAAGAUCAGUGGCAACUCAUCAUACAAGUAUAUGCUUGUAACUCAAGAUGAUUCACAUCCAAAUACUGAAUUAACCUUCCAUUAUUCGUCCCAUUUCAACCUGGGACAAAUUGAAGAUUUGAAGUUGUUGCUUGGAAGAUCGUCAUUAACGACAAUUAAACCAACUUUAAUCAAUCUGUUCCCAUUAACACUAACCAAGAAUCAAUCACCACAACAAUUGUUGAAUCAAUAUCGUGAUUUAUUCAAUUCAUUAUCACAAUACGUUUGUAAAGAUGUUGCUAAGGCGUGGAUAAAGAUACUUGAACCUAAUAAACAAGCAUUGUUUCCUUAUCGUGAUUACAAUAAAUCAAAGCCAGAUUGGUGGCCACCUUUUGUUAAUCACAUAGAGCCUGAUCAUUUGGACAAAGUUGGUCGUGUUGAAGUGUUGAUUAAUGUUUUGAGACACCCACGUUUUGAUUUAAGACGAGUUGAUUUAAAACAAUAUCAAGAAAAACCAGUAUUGUAUUCAUUGCUCAAGGAAAUCUUGUACUUGGCAAUGUAUGAACGUAUGUUUUUUAAUUUACUUCGUCAUCAGGAUGAACUAUUCUACUUGAUUCCUCAACAUGAACAAAAAUUGUUUGAUUUGGAUAGAAUUCAAAUCAUGACUAGUUGGGUAAAGCAUCCUUUCAAAAAAGAUGAAGUUAUUAUGGCAAGUAAAAUUGUUCCCAGGGAAAUGAAUACACGUAUUUAUGGGUUGAAUGAGACUAAUGAGAUGGAUGAGGAGGAAGAAAGGGAUGUUGGAGAUGAAAAAGAGACUAUUGGUUGUGGUAAUAGAAAGACAUUGGUGGUUAAGUUGAGACACAGACGUGGUGGGAAGGUCGAAAAGCUUAGUUUGGGGAGAAAGCAAACUAGAGCCACGUUCAAGAGAGAAAUUGCUAAACGGGAAAAUCUGACAAAGAAACUGAAGAAACAGGUUAGUGACAGGCAUGGUGAUGGUGAUAUAAGCAGCAGGAAUGCUUUUGAAACCAAGUUGGAUGCUAUUGUCGGUAGUGAAGGUCCUCGCAACAUUGAUUGUCUUGAAGAUGAUGAAGAGGAUGCCAAAAUGGAAGACUUCAACACUGUGCCUGUGAAGAGGGAGGAUAAGAAUAUGAAUGUUGAGCAUUCAGAAAUUGACCUUGCUGAAAGGAUGGAAGUAGAACAAAAUAUGAUCCUCAAAAAGGAUCCAGUCACCAAGCAAUUUACAGAAGAGCCAAAGCUUGGUUCACCAUUUAGCUACAAUUCAGAAGAAACUGCUGACGAGAAUGUUGGCGAUGCCACUGAUGAGGAAUACGUUGACAGUGGUGAAGAAGAGUCUGAGGUUGAGCCUCAAAGUAUUAGCACCCAAUUUGGUUAUUGUAAUGCAAGAGCUGACAGCACUAUUAUGUUGAAAACACCUGAGAUUGAGUCAUCAAGCAAGUUUGAUACAGACAGAAACAAUUCGAAUAAGAAUCGCAUUCGGAAUUAUCAAUAUCCAAUCACGCCAGCAUCGAGUAGUAAUAACAUUCAAGGUUUGGCUGCAACACCAAUGGCAAGGAUUAACCACAUGGACACUAGGAAUCAUCACCAACAGGUGGAAGAUGACGAUGAUGUGUAUGUUGUCAUCACCACGCCCACAAUCGACACCCACGUGGCCCAUUUCUCCACUCCAUGUAACAACAUCAUUACUCAUGUCAAUUGUCCACCACCACCUCAUCAUCCAACUUACAAUAAUAUAAACAAUGACCAUAUCAAGCAAGACUUUCUCGAUUUCCACCAACUGUCAUGCUUGUCUAACGAUUGCGACGAGUAUGGCAAUAAUGUAAUGGGGAUCAUGAACCAAAUUGGAUCCACUACUGAUGGAUGUGAAGGGUGUGGUAGCGGUUGUGGUCCGUGCGAUGCAUGUGGUGCAUAUGGUGGGUGCGAUUUUGAAUCUGACUUGACUGAUUAUGUAUCCGAUCAUUCCAGUUGUGCUGGUAGUUUCGCUGACAAGAGUGAUGAUACCGAUUAUGAGGUCACUGAUCGGUACGAUUCAAAGAACAGCGAAUGA